ACCUGUUCUCCUUGGAUCUUUAAAACCCCAUUUUACAGAGGCUUGAUAUUGCAGCAACACAUAUUCGUUUUAGUUUUGUAACUUUGCUGUUUGCGUCUCCUGACAAACCAAUUCAGCGCAUUUUCCAGCAGAGAUCACAGGCCGGGAGGAUGACAGCUCGAGUAUAUUUCUUGUUGAUUGCUGUUUUAUCGUGUUUGUUUGGAUACUUGAGCAUAACUCAUGCUGUUCAAAGACGAACCACAGUGGAUGGUUUAUGUCCGACAAGGCUGACGGUUGUGCCGUUCCAUCGAGGAUGUUCUUCUGAUGAAGACUGCCCUGGAGGACACAAAUGCUGUCAAUUUGACUGUGGGCCUGUUUGUGUGCUGCCUGUUUUCGUGAAGCCAGGUCAAUGUCCCAUACCAGAGAUGAUUCCGCUGUGUGCUGAAAGCUGUUUCAAUGAUGGCCAGUGUCCUGCCGGACAGAAAUGUUGCCCAACCACUGGUGGCUUUGCAUGCAGUGAACCACGUGGUCAGGGAAGCGGUCAGGCAAGUUGCCAGGGAAGAGGUAUUGGCCAGGGAAGUGGUUAUGGCCAGGGAAGCGGCGCUGGAAUGGGAAGCGGACAGGGCCAGGGAAGCGGUGCUGGAAUGGGAAGCGGACAGGGCCAGGGCCAGGGAAGCGGCGCUGGAAUGGGAAGCGGACAGGGCCAGGGCCAGGGAAGCGGCGCUGGAAUGGGAAGCGGACGGAAGGGCGGAAGUGGCGCUGGAAUGGGAAGUGGACAGGGCCAGGGAAGCGGACAGGGCCAGGGAAGUGGACAGGGAAGCGGCGCUGGAAUGGGAAGCGGACAGGGCCAGGGAAGCGGACGUGGACAGGGCCAGGGAAGUGGACAGGGAAGCGGUGCUGGAAUGGGAAGUGGACAGGGAAGCGGUGCUGGAAUGGGAAGUGGACAGGGAGCUGGAAAGGGACAGGGCCAGGGAAGCGGAGCUGGAAUGGGACAGGGACAGGGAAGGGGAGCUGGAAAGGGACAGGGCCAGGGAAGCGGAGCUGGAAUGGGACAGGGACAGGGAAGGGGAGCUGGAAUGGGACAGGGCCAGGGAAGGGGAGCUGGAAUGGGACAGGGCCAGGGAAGCGGCGCUGGAAUGGGCCAGGGAAAUGGGAGCGGCGCGGGAAUGGGAAGCGGAGCUGGAAUGGGACAGGGCCAGGGAAGUGGCGCUGGAAUGGGAAUGGGCCAGGGAAGCGGAGCUGGAAUGGGAAUGGGCCAGGGAAGCGGAGCUGGAAUGGGAAUGGGCCAGGGAAGCGGAGCUGGAAUGGGAAUGGGACAGGGCCAGGGAAGCGGCGCUGGAAUGGGAAUGGGACAGGGCCAGGGAAGCGGAGCUGGAAUGGGAAUGGGA